UCCCCUCCGCAACGCACCGCGCCGCGCCACCACCUCCCCCUGUUCGCCUCGCCCUCGCCCUCGCCCUCGCCCUCUACUUGUACUGCCACGCCUCCGCCCACGCCGCCGCCAUGGCCAUGAGCUAGCAACCGCCCUCUCUCUCCCCCCACGCCCACGGCCACGCCCACCGCCGAGCCCCAUCGAUCACCCGGCAGCAUGAAGCCCGGGAGCGCCGCGGCGUCGUCGGCGGCUCCCCUCCCCGCCGCGGCGGCGCGCAGGGGCCGCCUCGUCGCCGUGAUCGCGCCGCUGCUGCUCUUCCUCGCCGCGGCCAUCUCCUUCCCGUCCUCGAUAGGGCGCCUCCCGUCGCUGCUGGCCCUGGGACGGUACGGUUCGGCGCCCCCGCCGCCGAGGGUGGCGGUGUGCUUGGUUGGUGGGGCGCGGCGGUUCGAGCUCACCGGGCCCUCCAUCGCGCGCCACGUCCUCGCCGCGCUCGUCUCCCACCAGCGGGAGCAGAGGCAGCAGGAGGAAGGCGGCGGCGGAGGCGGAGGCGGAGGCGGGGAGCCCGUCGUCGACGUGUUCCUCCACAGCCCGCUCGACGCCGACGCCUACAAGCUCUCCCUCCUCGCCCGCGCCGCGCCGCCGGGGUCCAGGCUGGCCGCCGUGCGGGUGUUCCGGCCGGAGUACAUCGCCGAGACGCCGGAGCGCGCCCGCGUUCUCACCGCCGACAACUCGCCCAACGGCAUCCAGGGAUUGCUCCAGUAUUUUCGGUUGGUGGAGGGGUGUCUGGACCUGAUCCGCGAGCGCGAAUCUCGAGGCAACUUCACGUAUGAUUGGGUGGUCCGCACGCGGGUCGACGGCUUCUGGACCGGCCCGCUCGCCGCCGCCGACGCGUUCCCGGCCGGCGGCGCCUACGUCGUCCCGCAGGGGUCGCGGUUCGGCGGCCUCAACGACCGCCUGGGCGCCGGCGGCCGCCACGCGUCGGACGUGGCGCUGUCGCGGCUCUCGCUGAUCCCGCGGCUCGACGUCGCGGGGUACCAGGAGCUCAACUCGGAGGCGGCGUUCAAGGCGCAGCUGAAGGUGGCCGGCGUCCGUGCCCGUGAGCGGCGGCUGCCGUUCUGCGUGCUGAGCGACCGGCAGUACUCGUUCCCGCCGGCGCCGUACGGCGUGCCGGUGGCGUCGCUGGGGAGCCCCGGCCCGCUGAGCGGCGCCAAGUGCCGCCCCUGCCGGCCGGCGUGCGGCGGCAGCUGCGCGGCGCGGCUGGUGCGCGGCUGGAGCUGGACGGAGUGGCGCAACGGGACGCUGGAGAUGUGCAACGCCAGCGGGCCGUGGGGGGAAGGGUGGGAGGCGCUGUUCGACGAGGUCGCCGGCGAGGAGGCGGCGGCUGUCCGGCGGAGGGUGGCGGCGAUGGACGCCGAGGAGUGCGUGGCGGAGAUGGAGGCGUUCAUGGCCCGGACCCAGCGGUGGGACGCGCCCACCCCCGCCGAGAUUUGCCGCGCCGGCCGCCUCCGUGUCGCCGCUCGCUCCGCUUCUUCUUCCUCCUCCAAUGCUACUGCUGCUGCCACUGUCAAGGCCAAGCGAAAUUGACCAUUUUGUCCUCAUGAACACCAAAUCCAAACGCAGAAAAAAGGAAUAGAAAAGAGAGAGAAAAGGCUGAGAAUACAGGUUGGAUACUGGAUAGUUAUAACUGAUAAUCUUUCUUGUACAAAAUUCAUAGAGAUUUUAGCUAGAGUUCAUUUCUGAUGAAUACACACAUACACCGUGUAUAUAGCAUCAAAUUCGUUAAUUAAUUGCAUGAUCAGUUGGUCCUUUCUUGUCCUUGCAAAACAAUACAAUACAAAAGCAUACACUCGCCAGCUACAGGCAGCAUGUCUCAUGCAUUCUUGCAGGAUUAAUCUGAUUGUUGGUGUA